GGCUAGAUCGUGUGCGGAACAAACAGUAUGGGCCAGUCAUACCUGAAUCGAUCAGGUUCACUCGUCUGAUUGUUCGGCAGAACGUAUGUAGAUAUCUCGGAAACGUUAACAAAGUUGCGCUUAAAAAACCUGUGACGCCCACAUUGUUUGUACAUCGGGAGAGAGCUUUUAAAAACGUGCAAUUAUUAAUGUAGCUAUUGGUAAAUUAUGGUUAUAGGCAAACACUGGUACCUAACAUUUCUUCAUUUACUGGGCGUACAUGUGAUUGCCGAUCUAUUGUGAAUGGUCUGCGAUAGAGUAUGAGCAUCUCAGUGCAGUGGGAUCAGCUACACUGCGGUUUAUCAGCGGAAUCGGAUUCAGUUCGUCCGCAUCGCUGCUACUAAUUAGUUCGUCAAUUUAAAACGCUCGCGAAAUGUUCGUUGUUUGUCAGAGCUUUUGAUGAUAUCUCCAUCCAUCGGCGUGUGAACUUGAAUAGAGUUUUUUUAACUUUCAAAUCCCUUGACCCACACAUUUUACCGGAUUAUAUUAACGUCACAAAAUGAUAUAUGAAACAUCGUAUGAUACCGGCACCAAGCCCUUUUCCCCCGAUCUGAAGCGAGGAAAGUGGGAAAAACCCACUGACUAUAUAUUCGCCUGCUUUGGAUUGGCACUUAAACUGGAUAUAUUUGUGGCCUCGUAUUGGUUCUUCUUCGAUUUGGGCAUUUUUGGGAUGAUGCCGUACCUGUUUUACAUGGUGAUAUACUUGGUUCCAAUCAUGGUCAUUCAUUCCUUCAUGGGUCAGUUCUCCAGCAGUGGGUUCAUCUCCGCCUUCCGGGUGUCACCGUUUUUUAAAGGGAUGGGAUACGUAAGCGUUUUCCUGACCAUCUCCAUGUUGAUUUACUACAGCGUAUUUGCUGCUGUUCCUCUGCUCUUCAUGAUAAACUCCUUCCAACCCACUUUACCUUGGAGCUGUGAAGGCCUUAAGUCGUGGUACAAUGAAUCCGCGGAAAAUCCUACAGUAUGUAAUAUGACAAAAAGUACGGAUGAUAUGAGUACACUCCAAAACGAAACGCACGUCCUUUUAACGAUGGUUCAUGUACCUUCGGUACUCUACUUUCAAUACCACUUUGAAACCAUUGAUGAGGAAAAUUAUCCAGAUUUGACUCAAGAUUAUGAGCUUUCCUGGCGAUUUGUGGGCCUCUUUUUUCUAGUUUGGACAAUGGUUGCAUUCAUUUUUUAUAAAUUCUCGGAGACGGCGAAGUUUGGGAAAUUUUUACGUUACAUGGUUAUUGGGACACUGGUUCUUCUCUUGACGUGCUUUGUUCGAUUCCUUUUCCUUCCAGGAGCCCUUUUAGGGCUAAAGAAUUUCAUGAGUCCGAGUCUAGAAGAUAUGAUCAUGGGAGUUUCCUCGACAUUUAUCAUGGUCUUGCACGCAUUCGGAGCUGGCUGGGGAAGUGUUAUAGCCCUGUCCAGUUUCAACGGGUUCAAGACCGACAUCAUGUCGUAUAGUUGGAUUAUUUCCUUCGGACAAAUUUUUAUUUUUACAAUGUUUGGAUUGGUUUCCUAUAUGCUGGAUCACUACUACAGUGAACUUAGAGAAGGUUCUUUCGAUUUACAAAUAUUCAACCAUUGGGUUCUGUAUUUGUGCAGUGCUACCGCCUUGUCUACUUUGGGCUGGCCGAACCUAUGGACUUUUAUUUAUUAUACUAUGUUGUUGAUGGCUGGUCUUAUUGUGAUAACAACGCAGAUCUUCACCGUCUUGCAAAGUUUGUUUGAUGAGUUUGAAAUACUUAGGGUGAGAAAACAGGAGGUAACCUUUGGCCUAAUUGGGGGCAUUGCAAUUUGCUCCUUUUACUUUUGCACAAAUCAUGGCAUUACUUUCUUUUCUGCCCUGAGUCUUGAUGCCAUCUUUUCACAUAGUCUUCUGCAUUUGCUGCUCAUUUUGGUGGUUUUAUGGAUCUAUGGUCGAGAACGUUUCCAGCGGGAUAUUGAGUUCAUGUUGGGCCAGCCCUUUGCCUCCUGGAAGGUCUUCAUACUCCGCUUCAUAGCUCCAAUAAUUUUAAUUAUUUGUCUGCUAUCAGGAAUAGGUAUGUGCGUCAUGGAGCACUCUUUCUCCUCAGCAAUCGUCCUUGUAAUGUCCAUUAUAUUCGUGAUUUUACCCAUUCUGACCAUUCCUGGGUAUGGAAUUUACUUCCUAUACCUUAACACUGGCACCUUUUGCCAACGCUUUAAGCGCUCCUGCCGACCCACCGAUUGGUAUCCGGUUGAGAUGGAGCACCGCCAGCAGUACGAGGAAGCUAUAAACAAUGCGGAUAUGACCCAACAGCUUACUGCCGUGCCAAACUAAGGUCUUCCAUCAAGCAUAACUCUUAUAUUUUGCCGAAUAAAAAUAGUGCUUUUAAAUUAUA